AAAAUUACUCAGUGCAUCUAUAAUUUAUUAAGGCCUCUGAAUCCUCACUCCUUAAGUAUAUUGGUUAUAAAAGAAAUACUUAGACAAAAAUGGGAAACUGUCAAACCAAGUUUAUAUAGUAAAGUAAAUUUAAAAUAUGAGAAGGUGUUGUGUGUGUGUGCACCCAUAACUAGGUACUUGGCAUAGUAUAGUAUAGUAGUAAACACUAAUGUCAUUGCAACUAGGCUACCCAGGUUCAAAUCCUGAUUCUACUUUUAUUUUUUUAUUUUAUUUAUUUAUUUAUUUAUUUUUUAAAGAUUUUAUUUAUGUAUUUGACGCAGAGAGAGCACAAGCAAGGAGAGCGGCAGGCAGAGGGAGAGGGAGAAGCAGACUCCCCGCUGAGCAGGGAGCCCGACGUGGGGCUCGAUCCCAGGACCAUGGGAUCACGACCCGAGCUAAAGGCAGAGGCCUAACCAACUGAGCCACCCAGACGCCCCUCUACUUUUAUUUAGAUGAGUCACUUUACUGCCCAUGGUUAAAUUCUCCUCGCCUAUAAAAUGAGAGUUAUAUUAGUUCCUUACUCAUAGGGUUGUUAAUAUUAAAUAAGUUAGAAUAGGUAGAGCAUUAAUAACAGUUCCCCACACGUUGUAAGGGCUAUAAAAAGAAACACACAAAAUGGGAAAUCUCUUAAUAAAAGAGAAUAUAUUUUAGAUAUUAAUUUUCAGGGGGAAGGAAUAAUGGAAAAGGAAGAGUCUCUCUCAAACACUCCAAUGGUCCUUUGGAUAUGAUUUUAUUUCCUGUGAAAAUGCAGCCCAAAACUCAUGUUUUCAUGUAGAACCCUCUGCCUGUGAAUUUGAAUAUUGAGUUCUGGAGAAUGACAGAAUGGCCUCGGUGGAUUUGAAUAUAGGAAUGAUCUUGCUAUUCCAGAUAGUCGUUGGAGUCCUGGGGAACUUCUCACUCUUAUAUCAUCACACGUCCCUUUACUUCAGGGGAUGCAAGCCAAGAUGCACAAAUUUGAUUCUCAGGCACCUGACUGUAGCCAACUCCUUGGUCAUUCUCUCUAGAGGGGUCCCAGAGACCAUGGCAGCUUUAGGGUUGAAACAUUUCACCAAUUAUGAAUGCUACAUUCUUUUAUAUGCUCACAGAGUAGCCAGAGGUAUGUCCAUUUGUUCCACCUGCCUCUUGAGUGUCUUCCAGGUUAUCAUGAUCCACCCUGGCAACUCCAGGUGGGUAGACCUUAAAGUGAAAGCUCCAAAGUACAUUGGCUCCUCCAGUAUCCUGUGCUGGGUGCUGCACAUGGGGGUAAAUAUGUUUUUUCCUAUUUAUGUGACUGGUAAAUGGAACAACAAAAAUAUUACAAAGAAAAGAGAUUUGGGAUAUUGUUCUUCACAGCAUCGUGCCAAGAUCGCAGACUCAGCAUAUGCAGCAGUGACAUCUUUCCAUGACAGUUUGGGUUUGGGACUCAUGACCUUGGCCAGCAGCUCCAUGGUUUUCCUCCUUUCCAGGCACAAGCAGAGGGUCCAACACAUCCAUAAGAACAGUCUCUCCCCCAGACCCUCCCCUGAGUCCAGAGCCACUCAAAACAUCCUUGUUUUGGUGACUACCUUUGUAUCAUUUUUUGCCCUCUCCUCCAUCAUUUAUGUUUACUUGGCUCUCUUUGAUGAUUCCAGUUGGUGGCUGGUGAACGAACGCCGCUGUACUCAUCACUGCAUGUUUUCCAACCGUUAGUCCCUUUGUUCUCCUGAGCCAUGACCCCAGCAUAUCCGGGCUCUACUGUGUCUGCU